AUGUACCUUUCUCCAUUAGAAGGUACAGACAACUUGACAUUCUUUAUGCUUGGUGAUUGGGGUGGUCAAGAAACAUUCCCCUAUACAUCAGAAGUAGCUGCUACCACGGCUGAUAGAAUGGCAGAUCUGGCUAUGAAACUAAAACCACAGUUUAUUGUGAGCCUUGGAGAUAAUUUUUAUGACGAUGGAGUGGUUGAUGUUGAAGAUAAAAGAUUUCAGAGAACUUAUGAGAAAGUUUAUGAUGAUCCAGCACUAAAUAUCCCAUGGUAUAUAAUAGCUGGUAAUCAUGAUUGGAGAGGUAAUGUGUCUGCUCAGAUAGAAUAUUCAAAGCGUUCGCACCGAUGGAAUUUUCCAUUCUAUUUUUACCCUCUAUCAUUUACAAUUCCUGGAACAAAUGAUACUGUUGAUAUUUUAAUGAUAGAUACUAAUAUACUUUGUUUAAAAGAAGAAACUCAAAAUAUGGAAAAUGUAGAGGGUAUUGAUCACCAAUGGGAAUGGUUGGAAACCAAUUUAAAAAACAGCAAAGCAAAAUAUCUACUAACGAUUGGUCACAUGCCUGUGUACUCGGUUGGUUGGCAUGGGUCAUCAUCUUGUUUAAUUGAAAGAUUUCUACCGUUAUUAGAAAAAUAUAAUGUUAAUGCCCAUAUAGCUGGGCAUGAUCAUAGCUUUCAGGCAAGAACGAACGACAUGAAUUUAGAUCUAAUAGUAUGUGGUAUGGGUUCAGCCAUUGACAAUACGCUUGACAAUUCCAACACUGUUCCUGAAGGUCUUUUAAAAUUUCAUUGGGGAGAUGAAGAUACAAAUGGAGGAUUUUGUGUAGCCAACGUUACCGCUGAUGGAAUGACAAUAUCCUUUAUUCAAACAGAUACGGAGGAACCUUUGUAUGAAACUAAUAUAUAUCCGCGCAGAGUUCCACCAUAG